AACGUCACUUGUUUCCAUCAAACCUCUACGCGACAGUCUUUAACGUCUUGAACUCCAACUCAAACUCCAACACAACUCCCUAUAUCUUCUGUCGGUCUAAAUUCUAAUUCGUCGUUCACUUGAUCGGAUAUUUUUUCUCUCAAUUCUCCUCUUAAUUACAUCAAAUUUGAUUUUUUUUCUUCCCUAAUGAAUUUCUUCAAAGCUGUUUUCGCAGACGAUUCAGAGCUAUCAGAUGAAGAAAACCACCCAUCUGUUUCAGAAUCUUCUCAAAGAUUACCCGAUUAUGAUGAGGAACAUCAACAAGAAGAAGAAGAAUACGAUGGGGAAGCGCCAUUGGACGAACACGAUCCAGAAUCAGAAUCAGAAUCAGACCCUAACCCUAAUCUCAACCCUAGCCCUAAAUCUUCAGGCGGUUCUGGAUGGAGUUUUGGGGGCUUGAUCAAGAAUUUGUCCACAAAAUCUGAAUCGGUUCUUCAAACUUACCGUCGCGAUUUUGAGGAAUUUCGUUCCGGUCUCAAGAAGGAGACGGAUGUGAUACGCGAAGUUGCAAGUCGGGCUGUGAAGGGACUUCCGGGGUCUCUUGAAGUCGGUGUUACGGUUGCCCAGGAAUCGCUUGAGUCUGUUGGACAAGCAGUUGACGAUUUUGGGAGCUCCGUGUGGCGUGGGACGGCCGAAAUCAUCUCUCAUGGUAAGGAAGCUUUCCUCGCUGCGGAUUCCGAAAGCGAUUCCUCUGAUACCCAGCAGCUUAUUAGAAAUCCGACUCUCAGUUCGAAACGGUACAGUAGAUUUGAGGUGCAGGUUCAGGCAGUUCAAACUGAUGUCAACACCUACUGUGGAGAGCCAGAAGAUCUGGAUGACUUCAAUAAGUGGAAAUCGGGGUUUGUGCUCGAGGAGAAAGCCGAGGAGAUUGAGACUUUAUGCCGCGAGAAUGGGGUUAUGGAGGGGAUUUAUGUGACGCUUGUCCCUAGUGCCGUUGAUCAUGAGAUUUUCUGGAGUCGUUACUUUUAUAGAAUCUACAAACUCAAGCAAGUUGAAGAUGCUAGAGCUAAUCUUGUGAAGAGAGUGAUUUCCAAGGAAGAGGAGGAAGAUUUGAGUUGGGACGUUGACGACGAUGAUGAUGAAACGAUUGGUUCGGCGGACGCCAAGGUUAGUACAUCGGAAGAAAAGCAGUUGGAGAAGGAAGGCUCUUCGGAGAUUGCAUCCGGGAAGAAGACUGUCGAGGAAGAACCAGUCAGUAGUCCUAAGGUUGCUGCUGCUACCAUGGGUCAAGUUGCAGAAUCUGUUAGUGAUAAUGGGUCUGAUGAAUCUGUAUUGAAUGGUGAUCAGUCAGUGACCAAAUCCGGAGAGAAUGCAUUACUGGAAGGGAAGACUGACUCUGGUGAAUCUUCCAAGGACAGUGAUUUCUCGGUUGUCUCAAGCCAUCCAUCACUGCCUGAGGAAGAAGAGGACCUUGGAUGGGAUGAGAUUGAAGAUCUUGGUAGUAGUGAUGAGAAGAAAGAGUCUAACGGUGGGAGCCCAAAUAGAGCUGAUCUUCGCAAGAGGUUGAGUGCUGCUGAUGAAGAGGAAGAUCUUAGUUGGGAUAUUGAGGAUGAUGACUAGCCAGUGAAGUGAAGCCCUGAUACUAGGAUGCUGGUGGUCAGAAGAAGAUAUUACCAUUCUUUUCCUCUUUCUCCUCUCUUUCCUUCUCUUAAUGUGGAUCCAGGUUCCAAAACUGGAAUCGGAUCGCUUAUGGGGCCACAAGCAUAAUAGAUAGCUCAAAUUGUAAUAUAGAGGACUAGCCUUCUUCAACUAUUAGCAUUCACGAUGGAGCUCAGAACCAGUGGAGACCUAGGUUGGUUUUGAUUGAGAGAGGUCACUACUUAGCUUUGCUCGCCAUGUAACUUCACACAAAGGUGGGAAUCUCGAUGGGCUCUCGUUUCCGACUUAUAGAUAUCUCAAAUCGUCAAUCAAAGGAGAUUGAUUGCUGCUGCAACUUGAACCUGGGAAAACAAUGAAACCAAAUCUGAAAUUCUUGUCAGAUCUUCCAGUGGUGACCAAACAUUGCCUUGAUUCUGUGUAUGGUGAGUCGUUUUGUUGCAACAAUGAUUUUCAGAAAUAUUAAGCUGAUUUGAUGGGUAUCUGUAAA